CGGCGGUCGGGAGUCACUUCCUCCUGGAGACGCGGUUUCCUAGCAACCGCCUCCCACCUCCGCCUUUAGCCCCGCCCCUAGCUCCCGUCUCGACCCGGUCCGCGAGCUGCUGCGGGUGGCCGAGUCGAGGCCGGAGGCGCCUUCCCCGAGCUCGCCCCUGGGUCGCGAGUGUCGCCGGAGGGAGCUGGCUGUCGAAAGUGAUUACUGUAUUCCUACCAUUUACUAACAAAGGUACAGAUAAUAAAAACACCAUGUCCAAUGAAGUUUUUAGCACAACGCUGGCAUAUACAAAGAGUCCAAAAGUCACCAAAAGAACGACUUUCCAGGAUGAACUAAUAAAAGCAAUUACAGCUCGCUCAGCCAGACAGAGGAGCUCUGAAUAUUCAGAUGACUUUGACAGUGAUGAGAUUGUUUCCUUAGGUGACUUUUCUGACACCUCUGUAGAUGAAAAUUCAGUUAAAAAAAAAGUUAAUGAUUUCCACCUAUCUGAUGAAGAAAGAAAUUCUCCCAAACUAUCAUUUUUGAAAACCAAGAAAUCAAUCAGUGACAUAAUGAAAGACGAACCAAUAUUUUCCAUCCAAAAUGAUGAGGAAAAGGCCCUUUAUGGCUGUAAAGAUGGAGAUAUAAAGCCCUUACCUGAAUCAGAAAAUAAAGACCAGGAAAUUGUACAGGAGAAAAUUGAAAUGAAGCCAAAACCUAGAAUUCUCUCCAUCCAAAGCACGUCCUCAGCAGAAAACAAUGACAGCCUUGAUGUCAGUAACCAAUUUAAACCAUCCCCUCUGCCACGGAGCAUGGUGAGAAAGCAGAGCCACAGAGAUGAGAAAGAUGAGCUUCUAGAAGACCAAGAAACUGCCCUUGGGGAAGAGUCCAAGACUCCAGAUGCUCCCUUGCCCCUCCCAAGACUGAAUGGCAGACCCCUGGAGGCUGAAGGAAACUCCUACUCUGAAAACUUUGAUACUGAGGAUUCAUGGUUAACAAGUCCCUCAUCAUCAUCUCUUAAAGAAAUUCUUGAAGAUUCCCUUUUACAAGGACCUGAAGAAAAAGUAACUCUAAAAGAUCAAAAUGAAGAAUACACUGAAAAUCAUCAUUCUGUGAACUCAAAUGAGAAUGAAGAGGAUUCAUUUUUGAUAGAAGAUGAUACCAUUGCACUUGAGAAAUCUAAUGGAAGUCAAGUGACUUCUGAUGACUUUGAAGAAGAAAAGGAGAAAACUGAACUGAUUGUAACCGAAGAUUUAAAAGUUGAUGCAUCGCUAUCAAAAUCUCAGCAUACGUUACUGCCUACCAAUGCCGCAGAAUCUCCAAAGAAAAAAAUUGAAGACAGAAAUAUGAAGACUAAAAAGUCAACUAAUAAUAGAGCAUCCAGUGCCACGGCCAGAUUAAUGACAUCUGAGUUUACAAAGAAAUCGAGUGCAAUUAGAAAAGUUCCGUCAGCAACUACCUCUUCUCACUACCUAGGAACCUUGAAAGUCUUGGACCAAAAGCCCUCACAGAAACAGAACCUAGAACCUGACAAAGCAGAUAGUAUAAGGGCAGCUGUUUAUCAGGAGUGGCUAGAAAAGAAAAAUGUGUAUUUGCAUGAGAGGCACAGAAUUAAAAGAAUUGAAAGUGAAAACUUAAGGAUCCAAAAUGAACAGAAAAGAGCUGCUAAGAGAGAGGAAGCUUUGGCAUCAUUUGAAGCUUGGAAAGCUAUGAAAGAAAAGGAAGCAAAGAAAAUAGCAGCCCAAAAACGACUUGAGGAAAAAAACAAAAAGAAAACUGAAGAAGAAAAUGCUGCAAGGAAAGGAGAAGCCCUACAAGCUUUUGAAAAAUGGAAGGAGAAAAAGUUGGAAUAUCUCAAGGAGAAGACUAAAAAGGAGAAGGAGUAUGAAAGAGCAAAAAAACUGAAAGAGCAGGAAACAGUUGCUGAGAAAAGGAAAGACAAUUUAACUGCUUUUGAGAAAUGGACUGAAAAAAAGGAAGCUUUUUUCAAGGAAAAAGAGAAGGAAAAAAUAAAUGAGAAAAAAAAGGAAGUACUGAAAAAAGCUGAGAAAAAAGAUAAAGAUAAACAAGCUGUAGAUCAAUAUGAAAAAUGGCUGGAGAAGAAAGAAAGACAGGAAAGAAUUGAACGAAGACAAAAGAAACGUCACUCCUUUAUUGAAAAUGGGGCACACCCUGCAUGGAGCCCUCCGAACAGAACUGUGUCCUCAAAAGUGUUCUGAUAAUUCUUAAUGAUAAUGCUAAUUAUUUAACAUUCACCAGGUGAAGCCAUGGGUUUUUUUUAACUGCUCAUUAUUUAUAGUUAGAAGAAUAUUUUAAUUAAAUGUUAGCACUAAUAGUGAUAACAAAUGAAAAAGAUCCUUUUGAAUUUAUUCACUGAAAAUAUUAUUAUUAAUGUGCCAGGAAUUAAAUCUGGGGCCUCACAUGUGAAGCAUAUGCUCUAUUGUUGCUCCAUAUCUGCAGUCCUACAAAAUUAAGUUUUGUUUUUAGGGGGCCACACCUGGUGGUAAUAAGGGGCUAUUUCUGUCUCAGUGCAAAUGGAUCAUUUCUGGUGGUA